UUAAUGUCCGGAUACUUUACAGAGACAGGAGGAACAUCCACGACCAAAUUCGUCAUGCUUUACCUCAAAUGUAUAUAAGUUUAAUUUGGAAAUCAACUAGUAAAAGUAUCUUUAUUGAUUAAUAACGUUUUCACCUAGAUUGAAGUAAAAACAUCAGCUCCUUUAGGUACCGUUAUUAUCUGAUGAGCGCAUCUGUGCGUCUUUACGCACGGGAUUUUCUCUCUCUCUUUUUUUGUGGUGUGACGCCAAAAAGAUAUAGACAUCCCUUGAUCAAUAUAGACAGCCCUUGUGACAGAGAAACGAUAUUAACUCGUCACCCAUCACAUCUGCUUGACGUUAAAGGGUCUCCAAACGCGCAAAGGAGCGCAGAUCGAUCCUAUUGGCCGGAAAUAUGAAUCAUCUUGUGGUGUAAUGACGAACGAGAUCACGACUGCUGGGGUCUAUAUAAACUCCAGAGGUGGAGACCACUCAGUCAAAAAGCUACGAGACGACGUAGAUCACAACACACACACUUUUGGGUCAAGUGCGCAUAGUGGUGUGCGUAAUGGAGAGGUCCGUCAGAUCUGUGCUGGUGUUCGUGGCUGUUUCCGUACUCAUCUGCUGUCAACCAACAGACGCCUGGUACAAGCAGUCUACCGGUCCGAGCUAUUAUUCCGUCGGGAGAGCUUCUGGUUUGCUCUCGGGGAUACGGAGAUCGCCGUAUGUGCGCAGAUCUGAGACAGAUCCAACGAUGGACAGCGGCGAGACCACCGGCGUCUCCAACAGCGUGAUGCCAGACUCAAGCAGCAGGCAAACUUCAGUCCUUAAAAACAUGGCUAUUUGCGUAAAGGACAUUUCUCCGAACCUGCAGAGCUGUGAGUUGGUUCGGGACGGUUCGAGCACAUUUCGGUGUAAAGCAGACGUGUUGCUCUCUCUGGACUCGCUGGACUGCUUCACCUCGUGAAGAGAGCGCGCGCCCGUCCCUCCCCAACCCAAAAUCUCUUCCAUUACUGGAGUUUUAACAGCCAAAGCAGUGAGGCGCACUGUUGACAUUGAAUGUUUACUUGAUUUACACUAGACGUGCUUAAUGUUGCUCCUAAAGAUCUGCCUUUCUGCUAAAUUUAUAACCCAACCCUGUGGCACCUGACUAUUAUUUUCUGUGAAUUAUUUUCACAGAAAAGUUAUGUUAUGAAAUAUAUAAAAUUAUUUAAAACAAAUAAGUGUACGUCUAGAAUCUUAAGGGCCGUUCACAUUAUAACGAUUACUAUAAAAUAUCGUUUAAAAUUAAUACGAAUUUGAUGAACGAUAAACCAAUAAUAGCCAAUCAAAUCUAUUUGAACGUCAAGUGCACGCGCGUUUGAAACGACCGUUGACACUGUGGAAAAGCGUUGCUGAGGUCCUUUACAUAAAAUUACCUCAGGUAUCCAGCGCUGAUGCAGUUGCCGUAAAAUUGACUACGUAAUGCUUUUAUUCUACUAUAUUGACUACGCCAAAAGGUAAGAUAUUAAAUUACGCAAACUACUAAGUUUACUGUUUAGAGUUACGCAAACGCAGCGUGUUGAGGACAUCUGCUGGUUAACUUAGCCGCUGUGUAAAUGCAAGAAGAAAAAAAAUGCAACAAGAACAAUAUAUUUAUAGUUACAUUUAAUGACGUGAACAAUUUCAAGCGUUUUUAUUAAAAGAAAUAUGGAAUAUUAGCUCGCGAGCGAAUUAGCAGCAUUAUCGUUCGGUUGUGUGGACGCUAAAUAUGGUUAUAGUUAUCGUUAUAAUGUUAACAGUCCUUUACACUGACGUAAAAUCGGGCAUCGAAAUACGGACAGUAGCCUAUAUGACGUAUGCUUGUAUAUUAGUAACUUAAAAAUACGUUUUUUUUUUUUUAACAAAAGUUCGAUAUUAAUAGUCACCGAUCAAUUCUGUUAACUUACUAGCGAAAAGAGCAAGUGAAGUGGAAUCAAUUCGAAGUCACACAACAUUCAGUGUGAACGUGUUUUUGACUGAUUUUUACGUUCAGGUGUGUUCAAUUCAGGGUUUGAUCUAGAUUCUGCAGAAAAAAAUAGAUCUCCAUUGGCACCACUAAGCACUCCUGGUUCACACUACAUGAAGUUCGCUGCUAUUAAAAAAGUAAAAAGGAUAUUUUUUGUUAUAUCCCCUUAUGCCCACCCAUCUCUGUACCUACUUCCAGAUAUCUUAAAUAUUCAUAAAAGGGUUUACUGUUAUAAGCAUAAAAUUUAAAAGAUGUUUUCUUUAUUUUAUUAAACUUGACAGAUAUACUGUU